AUGACACAAACUACCAUACCAUUGAUCUCUAGACCAACAGAAGCAUAUCAUCUUCCUCACCAAAAUCUAAAACCCAGAAACAAUAAUUUGGAUUUCCGUACAACUCUAUCAACCCAGGAUUUGGGGCAGAGGAGCUUAGUUUUCAAGAGCAUUACAGGGUUCUCACCAGUGCGAUGUAGCCGUGACAGCGUAGUACCUGGAGAAGAUGAUAACAGGGCUUUAGAAACAGUCCAUAAGCUUUACAAAGCCAUUAAGAAUAGGAAUCUUCGCGAAUUGUCCGAUGUUAUUGGAGAUGAAUGCAGAUGCGUUUGUAAUUUCGUCUCCUUCCUUCAUUUGUUCCAUGGAAAACAGCAAGUCUUGGAGUUCUUCUCAUUUCUAUUGGGAUCACUGGGGAAGAAUGUAGAAAUCAUUGUGAGACCCACAAUGCAUGAAGGAAUGACUGUUGGUGUCCAAUGGAGACUAGAAUGGAAGACCACACAUUGGCCUUUGGGGAAGGGUAUCACCUUCCACACCAUGCAUGUCUACCAAGGGAAGGUGACUAUAAAGAGCAUUGAGAUGUUUAUGGAACCACUUCUUAAUAUUGAACCCACUCGAUUGAAACUAAUGGGAUUUGUGAUGUCUCUGUCGGAUAAAAUUGGGUCCAACAUCAUAAUCAAGGAAAAGGGGAAGAAAAUUUUAUACAUUACUAUAGGGGCUCUGCUCAUUUUUGUCCUUUUAGUCCUUUUUAGGGGGCCUUGGUUUUGAG